AUCCGGCUCCGUUCAAGUGAAAGAGUCGGCUCAUUUAGCUCCUGGGCGGCUCUUCCUUUAAAAUGCUUAAAAAAUAACCACAGCCAUAAAAAAAGUGCACAUCUCGAAUCGAAUAUAUAGGCUAGAAUUGUAAGCACGUAAAAUGCAGGUUUGAAUAUGCUAAAUUGAACUGUUUUACUGAAGUUAUCACUUUAUAAAAUGCGCGUGGGACACAACGACACGCUCUCCCACCCUUGUAUCGUUGUUUGAGCUGAACUAAAUGAAUGAAGGGGCCAAAUGAUAAUGCGAUUCGGUUCCCCAAGUUCACCAAAAAGAGCUGCUCAAAAAGAGCUUUUGUUUCGCGAACCUCUCAACAGCCUACCCUCCUUUGUUUAAUGUUGUCAAUUAGCCUCGAAAGUUCGAUGUUUAAUAUAAUGGCGUUAUUUGAACCUUUGAAGAAAUUAACGCUUGACUGCAUUUGCAUUCAUAAUUUGGUUGCAAUAUUUUGCUUGGUCUAUGCGAUUCUUAAAAUCUCAAAACUUAUUGUCAAAAGAAAUGAAUGCAUUCAAGCUCUGCAGCCAUUCCUGGGUCCUCCAAAACACUGGUUUUUCGGCCAUAUCAGAGAGUUUAAACAAGAUGGGACCGAUUUGUUCAAGAUUGUCGAAUGGGCAGAAUCCUACCCACUGGCGAUGUCAAUGUGGUUUGGUCCGUUUGUUGCCUUCCUAAAUAUUCACCAUCCAGAUUAUGUCAAAGCCAUCUUAACAUCAACAGAGCCCAAGGAUGACCUUUCGUAUUCAUUUCUUAUUCCAUGGAUCGGAGAUGGUUUACUGGUGUCUAAAGGUCAGAAGUGGUUCCGCCACAGAAGGCUCCUGACCCCAGGUUUUCAUUAUGACGUUUUAAAGCCCUAUAUCAAGCUUAUGUCCGAUUCUGCUAAAACAAUGCUGGACAAAUGGGACAGUCUGUCAGAACGUGAUGAGUCAUUUGAGUUGUUUGAGCAUGUGAGCCUCAUGACAUUGGACACCAUUAUGAAGUGCGCUUUCAGCUCCAACACUAACUGCCAGGUGGCGCGAGGUGGAGAGGGUGAAAUCAACUCGUACAUCAAGGCUGUGUAUGACCUCAGUAAUCUGGUAAAUAUCCGUUUCCGCAUCUUUCCGUACCACAGCGAUUGGCUCUUCAACCUCAGCCCACAUGGAUAUCAGUUCCGGAAAGCAUGCAAGAUUGCCCAGAGUCAUACAGAACAAAUCAUACGAAAUCGAAAAGAAGCCUUAAAGGAUGAAGAGGAACUCCACAGGAUAAAGGCUAAGAAAAACAUUGACUUUCUGGAUAUCCUGCUUUGCGCUAGAGACGAGAACCAGCAGGGCCUAUCGGAUGAAGCUAUCCGAGCAGAGGUGGACACGUUCAUGUUCGAGGGCCAUGACACCACAGCCAGUGGCAUCUCCUGGACCUUGUACAGCCUGGCCUGCAACCCAGAGCAUCAGCAGAUCUGCAGGGACGAGAUCAUCAGCGCCCUGGAGGGGAGGGACUUUAUGGAAUGGGAGGAUCUCAGUAAAAUGCCAUACACAACCAUGUGUAUUAAGGAAUCCCUCCGCCUCUACCCGCCUGUACCUGGGAUAUCCAGGAAAACUACCAAACCCAUUACAUUCUUUGAUGGAAGGUCUGUGCCUGGAGGUUGUCUUAUUGGAACAAGUAUCUUUGCCAUUCAUAGGAACGCAACUGUUUGGGAAAACCCUAACGUCUUUGACCCACAUCGAUUUCUGCCAGAGAACUCUGCAAAGCGGUCCCCUCAUGCUUUUGUCCCCUUCUCUGCUGGUCCAAGAAACUGCAUUGGACAGAACUUCGCCAUGAAUGAAAUGAAGGUGGUGAUCGCACAGACACUCAGGCGAUAUCAUCUGAUCGAGGACCCAACAAAAAAACCAAAGAUGAUUCCAAGACUGGUUCUCCGCUCACUCAAUGGGAUUCAUCUGAAAAUAAAACCUGUCCAUCUUGAACCAUAAGGAAAGUUAUAGUUGCACUUUAUAGAGGCGUAGGCAGCUGUAUAUCAGAAUACUAUCAGUUGAUUUUAACAUGCUCAUUAACUACCAGGAAGCUCAAAAGAAAACAGUUUAAAUAGGAGUUUGAAAAUAUUUGCAGAACCUUAACAUUUACAAUACACAGUAAAGGAACGUUUGAAUUUGUCCUCAUACCUUAACUACAACAUGUAUCACUCUUGAGGUGAGCAGGAACAGACUGUUUAUAUUGUUUUUGUUAUAAUGUUUGAACUUGUGAUGCAACAUUAUUUUCUAUAUAACAAACAUGCUCUGUGAAUGAUUGUUUAAUAACUAGUCCUAACUAAGGACUAGGAGUGCUGGGUCAAUGUUCAUCUAUGAUAACAAGGCAUAAACACUUGGCAAUGGCAAUCAUAGAAGGUGCUGCAAGAUAGACAUUGCAGAAGCCAUCCUUGGCAAACUGACAAUAUCCUGGUGUUUGACACAGCUUUCCACCAUGUAAAAAUAAAACUACUCUUCAAUGAA